AUGCUUUCUUCUCCCUUUCUUUUGGCUGGAUCUUCUUUCUUUCUUCUUUUCUUUCUUUCUUUCUUUCUUUCUUUCUUUCUUUUUCUUUCUAAGUGCCUCUCUUUCCUUGUUUUUCCCACCAUAUACUUUCUUCUCCCUUUCUUUGGCCUGACCCAUUCUUUCUUUCUUCUUUCUUUCUUUCUUUCUUUUCUUUCUUUCACAAGUGCCUCUCUUUCUCUUGUUUUUCCUGCACCAUAUGCUUUCUUCUCCUUUUCUUUUGCCUGCCCCAUUCUUUCUUUCUUUCUUUCUUUCUUUCUUUCUUUCUUUCACAAGUGCCUCUCUUUCCCUUGUUUUUCCUGCACCAUAUGCUUUCUUCUCCCCUUUCUUUUUACCCUGUCCCAUUCUUUUUUGCUUUCUUUCUUUCUUUCUGCCUUUCUUUCUCUUAUUCUUCCCUUUUCCUUGUUUUCCUUUCUUCUUUCUUUUUUCUUUUACCAGUCCCAUUCUUUUUUCUUUCUUUCUUUCUUUCUUUUUCUUUCAUGUGCCUCUCUUUCUCUUAUUCUUCCCGCACCAUAUGCUUUCUUCUCCUUUUCUUUUGCCUUUUUGUCUUUCCCUUUCUUUCUUUCUUUCUUUCUACAUGUGCCUCUCUUUUCCUUUGUUCUUCCCUGCCAUAUGCUUUCUUCUCCUUUUCUUUUGCCAGUCCCAUUCUUUCUUUCUUUCUUUCUUUCUUUCUUUCUUUCUUUCUUUUCUAGUACCUCUCUUUCCCUUGUUUUUUUCCUGCACCCAUAUGCUUUCUUCUCCUUUUCUUUUUGCCUGCCUCAUUCUUUCUUUCUUUCUUUCUUUCUUUCUUUCUUUCUUUCUUUCACAUGUGCCUCUCUUUCUUGUUUUUCCCGCACCAUAUACUUUCCUUUCUUUUUUCUCCCAUUUUUCUUUCUUUCUUUUCUUUCUUUCAUUCUUUCUUUCUUUCUUUCUUUCUUUCUUUCUUUCUUUCUUUCUAAGUGCCUCUCUUUCCUUGUUUUUCCUGCCUCAAUAUACUUUCUUCUCCCUUUUCUUUUGCCUGCCCCAUUCUUUCUUUCUUUCUUUCUUUCUUUCUUUCUUUCUUUCUUUCUUUCACAAGUGCCUCUCUUUCCCUUGUUUUUCCUGCACCAUAUGCUUUCUUCUCCCUUUCUUUGGCUUGACCCAUUCUUUCUUUCUUUCUUUCUUUCUUUCUUUCUUUCUUUCACAAGUGCCUCUCUUUCCCUUGUUUUUCCUGCACCAUAUGCUUUCUUCUCCUUUUCUUUUGCCUGCCCCAUUCUUUCUUUCUUUCUUUCUUUCUUUCUUUCUUUCUUUCUUUCUUUCACAAGUGCCUCUCUUUCCCUUGUUUUUCCUGCACCAUAUGCUUUCUUCUCCCUUUCUUUGGCCUGA